AUGAUUGUCCCAAUUGUUAAAGAUAAGACUAAAGAUAUCACAAGAGUGAAUAACUAUAGACCUGUUGCUAUAGUAACCGUUUUAUCGAAAUUAUUUGAGUUGUGCAUUUUAAAUCGAAUUGAAAAAUUUAUCGAGACUAGUGAUUUUCAGUUUGGGUUUAAACGCAAGCAUUCAACAGAAAUGUGUAUCUUCGUAGUGAAGGAAAUUGUCGACUUCUAUAAAAGUCACAACUCGCCCGUUUUUGCUUGUUUUAUGGACGCAACAAAAGCGUUUGACAGGGUAAACCAUUGGAAGUUAUUCAAAAAAUUACUUGAUAGGGGAAUGCCUGUAUUCAUUGUGCGUUGUCUAUUGCAUUGGUAUCGAGGUCAAACUUUAUGUAUCCGAUGGGCUUCAGAAAUAUCUGCGUCCUUUAGAGUGACCAAUGAAGUUCGACAAGGAAGCAUUCUUUCGCCGACGUUAUUUUCAAUUUAUAUUGAUGAUCUCAGUACUAGGCUGCAACAAGCGGGUGUUGGAUGUCAUUUAGCUG